UGGGGGAGGCUGAUCCGGCUGGGUGCUGAUGAGGCAGAGCCGCACGUCUUGCUGCUGAAAAGAGAAUGGACAAUUGGGCGGAAGAAAGGUUGUGACUUAUCUUUCCCUGGCAACAAGUUGGUGUCUGGAGAUCACUGUAAAAUCAUAGUGGAUGAAGAGUCUGGUCAAGUGUCAUUGGAAGAUACAAGUACAAAUGGAACAGUGAUUAAUAAACUGAAAGUGGUUAAGAAGCAGACGUACCCUUUACAGACUGGGGAUGUGAUCUAUCUUGUUUACAGAAAAAAUGAGCCCGAGAACAAUGUUGCUUAUCUUUAUGAAUCCUUAAACACAAAACAUGAUGCAACUCAAGAACCAGUAGAAGUUAAUGUAGAAAACCAAUGCCAUGUGACCAAAGAUACCUCAAGGACAGGAAGAAGUAAUGAUGAGACCCAAAUUACCUCAUCACCAUCCGCUACUCAGUCUUGCUAUGAGGAACCACAGCCAUCUACUUCUACAUCUAACCUCUUUAAUGCUUCUUCUACCUCUCUUAUUGAGCAGGAUAAUCCUUCUACAUCUGGAUCACAAUCCUCAGUUUUCACUCCUGUGCCUGCUUUCCCUGUCAUAGAAUCUGUGUGUCUAAGAGGACUGCAUGACAAACAUGAAAAGCUGGAUAUGAAUACUGGAACUUCUGCAAUCACUUCACAAGUAACUGACAAAGAAAAAGAGUCGGAUCCUCAGAAGACAAAGGAGGAGGAAGGUUUGGAACCUCCUAAGAAGAAACGAAAAGGAGAUGAAGAUGAUUGUCCAGAUCUUUCACCAGCAGCACCAAGUGAAUGUAUAAUUAAAAUUGGCCCUGAAGAUGCAAAAACAUCAAAUGUGAAACCAGAUAAGAUGGAAGAAACAUUAACUUGCAUUAUCUGCCAAGAACUGCUGCAUGACUGUGUGAGCUUGCAGCCUUGUAUGCAUACUUUUUGUGCUGCCUGCUACUCAGGAUGGAUGGAAAGAUCUUCUCUAUGUCCAACUUGUCGUUGCCCAGUAGAGCGUAUUUGUAAGAAUCACAUAUUGAACAACUUGGUUGAAGCCUAUCUGAUUCAGCAUCCAGAUAAAUGCCGCAAUGAAGAUGAUGUACGCAGCAUGGAUGCUAGAAACAAAAUUACUCAAGACAUGUUGCAACCUAAGGUGCGGAGAUCUUUUUCAGAUGAGGAAGGAAGUUCUGAAGAUUUAUUGGAAUUGUCAGAUGUAGAUAGUGAAUCGUCAGAUAUCAGUCAACCAUAUAUAGUGUGCAGACAGUGCCCAGGGUAUCGAAGACACUCUGUUCCAACUCUGCCUGGCACAGGCCAAGAGACAGAAGCAGGAGGAAUGCAAGCACUGGGAGAUGCGCCAUCUACAUCUGCCAACUUUCCUGCAGCUGUCCAGGAAUAUGUGUGUCCUGCUCAAGGGAGUCAUGUAAUAUGCACCUGCUGCUUUCAGCCAAUGCCUGACCGAAGAGCAGAGCGUGAACAGAAUCCUCAUGUUGCUCCUCAGCAGUGUACAGUUUGUCUGCAACCCUUCUGUCACUUAUACUGGGGCUGCACUCGGAUGGCAUGUUUUGGCUGUUUGGCACCAUUCUGUGAAAUAAACCUUGGUGAUAAGUGUUUAGAUGGAGUCCUAAAUAACAACCACUAUGAGUCAGACAUCCUAAAGGAUUACCUGGCAUCCAGGGGUUUGACGUGGAAAAACGUGUUACAUGAAAGUCUCCUAGCUCUUCAAAGGGGAGUUUUUAUGUUGUCAGAUUACAGAAUUACUGGGAACACAGUGCUUUGUUACUGUUGUGGCCUUCGCAGCUUUCGAGAACUUGCCUACCAGUACAGGCAGAAUAUUCCUGUUGCUGAAUUGCCAGUGACUGUCACAUCACGGCCUGAUUGCUACUGGGGGCGCAACUGUCGAACUCAGGUCAAAGCACAUCAUGCCAUGAAAUUCAAUCACAUUUGUGAACAAACACGAUUCAAGAACUGAGCAUUUGUAGUCUGUAGAGAGGGAACAAAAACCUGUUACACUGCUUGUACAGUUUAAGGUUUCAGGGGAUCUUCUCAGUUCCCCCAUAGCAGGGAAUCAGUAACUUUUGCAUCAGGCAGCCUGGUGUGAAUGUUGUAAUUUGUAGAAUUUUACAGCUGUACAUGAAUAAGGUAGAUUUUUCUUUUCCAAGAAAGUUCAACAAGCAUUGCAUUCCAUCCUCCUGACUACAGUGUCCCUGUAUCACUUCA